UUAGGUAUUUCAAUUUAUAAGACCAAAAUUCAGUUUGUCACAGAACAAGCAAUGAAAAUUUCGGAGGUAGUGCAGCGACCUGUUCAAAAUAGCUAUAUUGGAAAUUAGCGGUGGAUAUUAACACGAAUGAAUCGUACAAGCAAAAAAAAAAAAAAAAGGUCAACAGGUUUCGCUUUGCCGCCCCUAAGACGGAAUUUUGCCGCCCCCUAAAAAGUGCCGCCCGGGGCGGGCCGCCCCUGCCGCCCUCCCCACGGUACGCCACUGUGACGUCUCCCGCGCUUCGCAAUCGGUAUUCGUUAUUUUCCGUCGCUUUCUUUUUUUAUGUUUGUUCAGUAAAUUGUUCGUUGUCCGGUCACCCACUGUAUUUUAUUUCCAAGCAGAAAAAGUCUCUCUUUUUCUGUUUGGAAAUUGAAUACAGUUGUUUACGUAAUAUUAGUUGCACAUUUUACAUACAGUGACACAUAACUUUCAUUUAAUCUCUUUAAUUUUAAAAUGUACAGAUUAUAUGUUUGUAAUUUACAUAAAUUUAUAGUUACAAGCAUUUAAUCUGAAUUUAAAGUAAUUCGGUUAUAUAUUAUUUCGUUUGUCCUGUUUUUACGGAGUUAAUAUCGAAAAAGAAAUCGUCGGAUUUGGGUGUAGAACGUUAAGGUGUUACGGAAGCGUAACUAAGCAAAGUUCGUCAAACUAUGGUCCGCGGGCUGUUCGAAGUCACAAAAGAGGUAUGACGCCAUGUCUGCAAAGUUUAAUGCAAAAACAGAAGAAAUAAAAAAGAACGCAUUCUUCCGCCAGAAGUUGUAGUCGUGUGACAAAAUGACGUCGAAGUAGGGUCACGUGGUACAAUGUGUGUGCGUGCGGCACUUCAGUUUUAUUAAUGGCGUCUCGAACGGGCUGUGGUCGAAAUUCCAUGGCGAAAGUAGUGUGUCCUGAGCAUCCCGACGCGGUGUUGAUUGAAGACUACCGUGCUGGUGACAUGAUUUGUCCUCACUGUGGUUUGGUGGUUGGUGACAGAGUGAUCGAUGUUGGUUCAGAAUGGAGAACAUUCUCCGAUGAAAAGGCUGAUUCUGAUCCAUGUCGUGUUGGUGCGGCUGAAAAUCCUUUGCUUAAUGGCAGUGACUUAUCUACAGUAAUUGGAAGAGGUUCUGGUGAAGCAAGUUUUGAUGAAUCUGGAUUACCUAAAUAUCAAAAUAGAAGAACUAUGAGCAGUUCGGACAGAGCUCUUAUUAAUGCAUUUAGAGAAAUAAAUAAUAUGGCUGACAGAAUAAAUUUGCCAAAAACUAUAGUGGAUCGAGCAAACAAUUUAUUUAAGCAAGUACAUGACGGCAAGACAUUGAAAGGUCGAAGUAACGAUGCAAUUGCCUCUGCGUGUUUGUAUAUAGCUUGCAGACAAGAAGGAGUUCCCAGAACCUUUAAAGAAAUUUGUGCAGUUUCAAAGGUAUCCAAGAAAGAAAUUGGCCGCUGCUUUAAAUUAAUUUUGAAAGCUUUAGAAACCAGUGUUGAUUUAAUCACCACUGGUGAUUUCAUGUCACGUUUCUGCUCCAAUCUGGGACUUCCGGCUUCUGUACAGAAGGCAGCCACUCACAUUGCCAGAAAAGCAGUUGAAGCAGACAUUGUUCCUGGACGCAGUCCCAUUUCUGUGGCAGCGGCGGCCAUCUACAUGGCAAGUCAGGCAUCUGAAGAUAAGAAGACUCAAAAAGAAAUUGGUGACAUUGCUGGAGUGGCUGAUGUUACCAUUCGUCAGUCUUACAAACUGAUGUACCCCAGGGCAGCCGAACUCUUCCCUGAAGACUUCAGAUUCCACACACCCAUUGAACAGUUGCCUCAAGCGUGAGACCUGUUCUAUAUGUAUACAUACAUAUAUUUAUAUAUAGAAGUCGCGUUGUGUCAUUUCCAGACACAUCUGUUACUUUAUUCUAUGAAAUUUUCUAAUAAAUUUUCAAUACAACAGGUAGAUUGAUUUGUGUCUGGGAUGAGAAAACCUGUUUUUUUUUCAAGAGG